UAUAAAAGCGAAGCGUCGAUUUCGAAAUCAACACAAACAUUUGAAAUUCUCGAAAGAGUGAACAUCGGUUCCGUGUUCCUGCAUUGUGGUCCUUAUUGGAGUGCCAGUGUUCAGCAUUACGUUUUGUGAUUAACAGAAAUAUAGUGCCCACAGGAUGAUAACCUUAGUGUGCAUAGUUUCUUUCUGCGUGGCAGCCCUUGCAUCACCUUUAGAAGACGGCAGAUGGAACCCUUAUAAAUAUGGAAAUCCUGGCAAAUACAUACCUACAAACGAGGGAAAAUAUGUUCACAUACCAAACCCAUACAUCCACAUAGAUAAUCCAUAUGACGGCGGUUACGGGCCGUACUCACAUAAAUAUGACCCAUAUGUAAGUGAAGCAACCCAAGAUACCUACAGACUGGUUCUUACACCACCACAAGAUGCAAACCCAUACUACAGAGACGGUUACUACAGGAACAAUGGAAUCAAAAUCAUUAAGCAGAAACACAAUUACAAAGAGGACAAAUACGACUUCGCUUUCGAAACUGAAAACAAGAUUCGCGCCAAGGAAAACGCAGUCUUGAAGAAUCCGAACUCAAUCGACGAAGGAAUCGCUUCGAAGGGAUUCUACGAAUACAUUGGUCCUGAUGGUUUUAUGUACAGGGUUGACUACACCGCUGACGAAAACGGAUUCCGCCCUAAAGUUAAGAGGCUAGAAACACAAUACUCCGGGAAAUGGGUGUUAGAGAAGGUCAACUAAAACCAUAAAGGAUCAAAAUUAAUUUAAUACUUUCCUCGUGCUAAUCAGUAUUUACUAUUAAGUAGACCUCUCUGUUUGAUUUGAGUUGAUUGACAUGAAUUUUGGCAAGAGAUACUCCUGGAUUUACUCAUGAAGAUGACUGCAAUUUAGUAAUAAAUUUCGACACUAGUGCAAAUUUAUGGAAUCUAGGAAAGUUUUGUGUCUGCUUAGAUUAACAUAAUUUAUUUUGAUGUAAGAACUUAGAUGUUUUGAAUUAAGAUGCUUAUUUAAGAAAUGUGAUAAUAAAUUUAUAUUUACUUAA